GGUACACUCAAUUUACAUCGCAUUAUAUGAUACUUUGAGUGUGGGUUAAUUCAUACAUCUAUAUUAACAUUUUUUUUUAAAAAAAAAUAAUAAUGUAAGACUUACAUAGAAUCUCGGAGGGGGUAGGGGUUCACGUGAACCUACGAAAUUACCCUAGAUACGGCCCUAAAAAAUAGUCUAAAAACACUCUUAACAUGGUUUGCUUCUAACUUUGAAUUUCUAGUAAGAAAUUUUUGAGUAUGUACAAAUUAUAAUUUCAAAAAACUUAAACAAAAAUAAAGCUCAUCUUAUAUGUAGCUUCUAUUUCUUUUUAAAUAUCAAUAUGAAACUUUGUUUAUACGUCCAACGAUUUCUCUAUAUAACAUGGCUUAUAAAUGGCACAUAAACUCAUCCUCUCCUUCUCAAUUAGUAACCUUUUCCCUCUCCAUUUCUCUUCAUAAGAAAAAUGGUUGUACUAAUCUGUUUUUCAGCUUUGUUAGUGACCAUGAUAUGGAUGUGGAGAAUGGUGAAUUGGGUGUGGAUUAGACCAAGAAAAAUAGAGAAGUGCUUUAGGAAACAAGGAUUGAAUGGACAUCCUUAUAGAACAUUAUAUGGAGACACAAAGGAGAUGGCUAAGUUGACUAAACAAGCAAAACUUAAACCAAUGAAACUCACUGAUGACAUUCUCACUAGAGUCCUCCCUUUCUAUCAUUAUACUCUCAAUAAGUAUGGAAAUAAUUGCUUCAUAUGGAUAGGUCCAGAGCCUAGAAUUUUCAUAAUGGAACCAGAAUUAAUAAGGGACAUAGUAAUGAACAACAACAUUUUCAAAAAACCAAAACCAACUCCAUUGGUACAACUUCUUGUGAGUGGCAUCUCAAGUUAUGAGGAUCAGAAAUGGGCCAAGCACAGGAAAAUUCUUAACACGGCAUUCUAUACCGAGAAGUUGAAGGUACAUAAGGAGUAUUAGUUGUUGGUCAAAAUUCAAGUAAAAUUAAAAUAAAUAAGUAAUUCUCUUCUUUCAUUGAAUAAAUAACAUGGUAAUAGAGUAAUAAAUUAAUAAGAACAUGUGAUAAUGAGUUAGUGGAUAAAUAAUGUAGUAAAUUAUAGAGGAAGAAUGAUGAGAAAUACAACUACUUUAGAUCAUCCUUAAAUAGUGCUUUAGAAAAAAGUUAUAAUAUAUAAAGUAAUAUAAUACAAUUAAUUAUUUAAAAUUAAACUACACACUUCUCUAACAUUUACUACGUAUUUAUUGAUUUAAAUUUUAAAUCUAUCUUUAUAGUAUGUUUCAAUCAAAUGUACACUUCACUAACAAUUACUGUGUAUUUACUGAUUUAAAUCUUGAAUUUGUCUGUAUGGUACGUUUUUUCGAUUGGAAUAAAUCUUAUAACAUUUUUUUUUCCUCUUGAAAAUUGUACAGUAUAUGGUGCCAGCAAUGCACAAAAGUUGUGAGGAUAUGAUGAACAAGUGGGAAAUUCUAAUUUGCAAUAAAAAUAAAUCAUGUGAAUUAGAUGUACAUCCAUAUUUUGAAGAUUUAACAAGUGAUGUGAUUUCAAGAACAGCAUUUGGAAGUAGUUAUCAAGAAGGGAUGAAAAUAUUUCAUCUUCAAAAAGAAUUAGCUGAACUCACACGUCAAGCUUUCCAAUCUGUUUAUAUUCCAGGAUGGAGGUUUUUACCAACAAGAAGAAAUAGAAGAAUGAAAGGCAUUGACAAUGAACUCAAAGAUACUUUAAGGAAAAUUGUCAACAAAAGAGAAAGAUCCAUGAAUUUGGGAGAAACUCAAGAGGAUUUGUUGGGGAUUUUAUUAAAGUCCAAUGUGAAUGAAAUUCAACAAAAUGGGACCAAAUUUGGUAUGACAACUGAUGAAGUAAUAGAAGAAUGCAAACUUUUUUAUUUUGCUGGCCAAGAGACCUCUUCAAAUUUAUUAGUUUGGACUAUGGUUUUAUUAAGUGUGCACCAAAAUUGGCAAACUAGAGCUAGAGAAGAAGUUCAACAAGUCUUCCACAACAAUAAACCAGAUUUUGAAGGGUUAAAGCGUCUCAAAAUUGUGAGUAAAACAACCUUUCACGUGCUCUAUUACUCUUGUUCGUUUCGAUUUGUUUGUCCGAUUUUAACUUGACAUAGAGUUCAAAAAGUAAGGAAUACUUGUGAAUUUUAUGUUUAAAGAUA